AUGAACGUGGAAGUCGGCACGGUGGUUGCUGGUAGAACCAAGAGAGAGGUCCGCGGCACCCCGCUGAAUGAACAUGCGUUCAACUAUACGCUCCUCCAACAGUUGCCCUUCUUGAUUCCUUUCAAAACCCGCGUAGAAAUCUUCCAAAGCUUGGUCUCGCUCGAUUUUUCACGUGUGCACCAGCGCGGCCAUCGGUUCAACGACUUCUUCAACUCUGACGCCUACGGGAAGCGGCAAGCGGGGAAUAUCAGACGGCAGCACAUCAUUGAAGAUGCCUACGCUGAGUUUGGCAAGUUGGGAGAUGGGUUCAAGGAGCAGUUGAGCAUCACCUUCUACAACGAAUACGAUGGGGAUAAGCCUGAAGCAGGGAUCGAUGGUGGUGGAAUCACCAAGGAAUUUUUGACCAGUAUUGUCAGGGAGUUAUCAUCAUCUGAAAGUGGCUAUUUCCAGGAAACACCCUCCCGAGGCCAAUUAUACCCCAACCCAGACAUCUACUACAAAUUACGGUCGGGCGUGGAAAAACCCGAACAAUUGCAUAGGAUAGAGGUGUUCAAGUUCUUGGGAAACGUGAUAGGGAAGUGUUUGUACGAAACCGUCUUGAUUGAUAUGACCUUCUCCCCGUUUUUUAUGUCCAAAUGGCAGAAUUCCUCCACCCGUAAUGUCGCUCAGAGCCGUAGCACGUUCAAUGACCUCCGCGACUUGGACUCUGAGCUUCAUCACAACUUGGUCAAGCUUUUGCAACUCACAGGAGAAGAUUUGGCCUCAUUGGAUUUGAAUUUUACCAUUAAUGAGGUUGUAAACGGAGAGGUAAAGACAUUCGACUUGAUAGCGCAGGGAUCGAGUAUCCGGGUGGACGAGCAUAACCGUUUACAAUACCUACAGGCCGUGGCUGAUUUCAAGUUAAACCGGUCUCUCAGCUUCCAAACCGUAUCAUUUGUGGAGGGGCUUUACGAAAUGAUCCCCCAGCAAUGGCUCAACAUGUUCAACCCCUUUGAGUUACAAAUGUUGUUGUCUGGUGGCGAAAAAGAUAUAAACGUGGAUGACUUGAAGCAGAAUGUGCAAUAUGGGGGGUACGACCUCGAUAUUGACCUGACCAUACGCGAUUUCUGGGAGAUCUUUGAGCAUGAAAUGACCCCAGUGGAGCGCUUCAAACUCAUCAAGUUUGUAACCUCCGUACCUCGCGCCCCGUUGCUUGGGUUUGCAAGUCUUACGCCUAGGUUUGGGAUUCGAAAUGCCGGCUUUCAAGACCGCGAGAGAUUGCCCACGGCUUCCACCUGCGUGAAUUUGUUGAAACUUCCGGAUUACCGGGACAAAAAGGUGUUGAAAGAAAAGUUGUUAUACGCCAUCAACGCAGAGGCAGGAUUUGACUUAUCCUAG